CUAAUCUGAAACAGUUAGUCGCUAAACUCUUAACAGAGCAGAUCGAAACAAGAAUAAAUAUAUCAGAAUAGUGUAAAUCACAAUUAAAUAAUAUGGCGCUAUAUGAUGGCAUGCUUCUUUUAGCAGAAAUAUUCGUGCUUUUUUUCCAAAUUCUCUAUUACAUCUGUGAAAGUAUAUAUAAGUUAUUUGCUCCAGUAGAGAAAAAAAGUGUGGCUGGUGAAAUUGUUCUGGUAACAGGUGCGGGUCACGGCAUAGGAAAGGAAUUAGCAAUUGGUUACGCCUUGUUAGGAGCCACAGUAAUAUGUUGGGACAUCAAUGAAGAAGCCAACCAACAGACAAAGAACGAGAUUAAAAAAAUGGGAAAAGACUCUGUAUAUGCAUAUCGAUGCGACGUAACAAACAGAGAAGAAGUCUUCAAGGUAGCCAAAAAAGUAAGAAAAGAAGUGGGCGAUGUUAAUAUUUUAAUUAAUAAUGCUGGCAUAGGAAUUUUAAAAACAUUUCUAAAUUACAACGACGAUGAAAUUUUGCGAACCAUAAAUGGGAAUCUUAUCGCGCAUUAUUGGACAUUGCGUGCAUUCUUACCAAGCAUGAUUGAAAAGAACCAUGGUCAUGUCGUUGCGGUCUCAUCAUUAUUAGCAAUUGUAAUGUUAAUGUAUGCGACAGUUUACUCUUCUACAAAAAUCGCAGUCAGAGCAUUUAUGGAGAGUCUGAAUGAAGAAUUGCGUAUAUCCAGUAAGGGAAAAUCUUUGAUUAAAUUCACUACCGUUUUCCCAACUGUGGUAUUUAACGGAAUGCUCAAAAAGCCAAUAGUGAAAUUUCCCAGUUUAAUAAGCCCACUACCACCAAAGGAGGUUGCUUCACUAAUAAUCGAUGCGCAAAGAGAAAAUUGUAGGGAAAGAAAUAUACCAUCUCAUUUGUCACCAUUAUUAACGAUACUUAAAAAUCUCCCGAUUAAGGCACAAGAAUGCUUAAAAGAUGCAUUUAUUGGUACAAUUGCUGAACCAGAUGAUUGAAAAAUACAAAAGUUUAAUACAGAUCUCGUCAUGCAAUUUGUUACAUUAAAAAUAUAAAAAAUGUAUGCGG